CUUGUGUCAGUGAUACAGGACUGAAUUAUUGCUCAAUGGCGGCAUCUACAGGCCGGAGAGUGUAACUGCUGGACCUUCACAAACUCCCGUUUUGUUUUUCCUCGAAAUAUCGCGAUAUUUCUUUGGCUUUCCCCCCCGUGUAAGAGCACAGAGCUUCUGCUUCACUGUGAGCUCCUGCGUUCCUGCUCAAAUAAGCUUUAACACAAAACACUUGUUGUUCACCAAAAGGAUUCUCUGAAGCUCUGCAGGGAUGGAGCUCAGUUCCGUCCGGAUGGAAGUGCUGUUCUUCCUCAUGAGUUUUCCUGCGACCCCUGCAGGCGCACACUCUGUGCAGUACCUCUACACUGCCAUCACACCACCAACAGGGUUCCCACAGUUCACUGCGGUGGGUCUGGUGGAUGGAGAGCAGUUUGUGUACUAUGACAACAGCGUCAGCAAGAUGAUCCCAAGGACGGCGUGGAUCCAGAAGAUCCGUGAUGAUGAUCCAGAUCACUGGGAGAAGCAGAGUCAGGAGAUGCAGAGUGAUCAGGAGAAGCUCACACAGCUGCUGGCCGCAGUAACGAUCGACUUUAAUCACACGAAUGGAGUUCAUACACUCCAGAGGAUGUUCGGCUGUGAGCUCGAUGACGACGGCACCACUAGAGGUUAUGAUCAGUACGGUUAUGAUGGAGAAGAUUUCAUCAACCUGGAUCUGAAAACUCUCACCUGGACUGCAGCGAAUGAUAAAGCUGCGAUCACUAAAGAGAAGUGGGAGUCGACAGGAGCUGAGGCUCAACACACAAAGAGCUCCCUGGAGAAAGAGUGUAUCGAGUGGUUACGGAAAUCCGUGCCAUACGGCAGAGAGAGUCUGGAGAGGAAAGUUCGUCCCGAGGCGUUAGUGUUUGAGGACUACAGCAGUUUUCAAACAGCGGUGUGUCACGCUACAGGUUUCUACCCCAAAGCCCUGAACAUCACCUGGAAGAAGGACGGAGAGGACGUGAUUGAGGGCGUGGAGCUCGGAGAGACGUUACCCAACCAGGAUGGAAGCUUCCAGAAGAGGAGCAUUCUGACACCUACAGAUAUGUUCCCAGAAGAACACGACUACACCUGCGUGGUUGAGCACAGCAGCUUGGAGAAGGAGUUGGUGCUGCCUGUGGAGAUGAUCGGGUUUAGAUACGACUGUUAUUUUCCGCUGGAUGAAAUUUCAGACGGAGGAUCAGGUGGAGGGACGAUAGACGGAGGAUCAGGUGGAGGGACGAUUGCUGUCGUUUGUGCGGUUGUGGCUCUUGCUGCCAGUGUUGCUGGAAUUCUCAUCUGGAAGAAGAACACAAUCCAUGACUUCAGACACGUUUCGUUCACCGCCGAUGUCUGAGGAAGAUGGAAAGAGAAGUGAGGGAGGAACAUAGAGAUUAGAUCUCGUCCAGAGGAGAACGACGUGUCUGAUAUGAAGAGAUGAGGAACUCUCUCUCUCUCUCACACACACACACACACACACACACACACACACACACACACACACACACUCCAGAGAUGGAAAUUAACCACCCGCCAAAUGCGGGUAAAUAUGUGUACUGGCGGGGAAAUUUUGUUAAUGUACCCGCCACUGUGUCGGGUAAACAAAGUCGUACAAUAGGUUCGUCUAAUGAACGAUAGUAUUAACUCCGAGUAAGCAUGUAGCCUUAACGCUCGCUUAGCUAAUAAUGUUUAGUUGUCAUUGAGUGAUGACAGCGUGACUUCACGCAGCUGAUUGAUAGCACUCGAGUCUAUCCCAGGCCCUGUAUGUGCGAGUCAGAGUAUCAUGCAUAUUACAUGCAAAACGGUAAACAGCACACUGGCCCAGGAGCUCAAUGGAGCGUCUCUCUGGACUUGUCAUAGGCCUGCUGUCGACUGAGAAUGCCGUGCGCGUAAAUUGGAUCUUCUGGAUUUGAUUGACAACUUUGCACAAAGUCGGAAAAAUACAGUAACCUAUCAGUUUGUUAUGGUGCGCCGACACUAGUGUUUUUGUCCUCCAUUUAUGAUGCGCCGUCACCAGGAAUGGUAGGCUACGCCAUUCGUUCAUUGGAUUUGUCUACCAUGUCUCCAACACUGGACAAGGAAUUCAAACUGCAGCCUCACAGCUACACAAUGAAGGUAAAAAAAAAACCCUAGCUAACAUUAACAUAGACUAUAAUGGCAGGUGGAUUACAGGAUAGUGCAGGCUUCGAAUGUGUACGGUGAGAGAGAGCGCGAGAGCGGGCAGCGCGAAAGAAAAGUAGCAGGCAGCAGACGUGAAAUCAAUUGUCAGUCAGAAAGAAAAUAGGUAAACGUGUGGAAAAAUGUGCCGUUUUAUAUCAGGAGUGAAAAGGAGAGCUGAGGAGAGUGUACAGCAGGAGCAGAGCGAUAGUGUACAGGCCAAGAAGCAAUACUUUAAUGAGAGAUGGCGAAUAGCGGCUGAUGGGGAGCGCAGACAGUGGCUUGUCUAUGAGGAGGGGAUGAUGUUCUGCUCGGUGUGUCGACAAUACGCAUCAGAGACCCAGAGAUUGAACAGCUUUAUUAUUGGAACAAAAAACCUUAAACUAGAGGCCGUGAAAGACCACGAAUCGUCAAAGUGCCAUAUCCACAAUACCAAAAUUGCUAACGGGAAAUCGGCACCAGGAGAGAGCCGAACCAUGAAAACGCUCAAUAGCCUAAAGGUAGCACAGCUGGAAAAAAUGGCCUUGUUAUUCCGCAAUGCCCGCGCCAUAGCAAAGAAAAAAAGACCAUUCAAAGAUUAUGAAUGGCAGUGCACGCAAGUGUUUGUUUACUCCAUCGGUCAGUCAGUGUCUUCUCAUUAGCUAACUAAGCGAGUCGCUAGCUAUGCUAUAGCAGAGAGUAUCUUUGGCUAUAGUAAGUUGUUCAAGUUCUCAUUUGGCAUCUGUUUGAGACUUGGGGAGCGGCUUUUCUAUAAAGCAACUUGGAUGAUAUGAUACAAUUUUAGUUUUCUUUGUACGAGUCUCGAGCAGUUGAAUGCAGUUGGAAUCGGCUAAUGGAAUACAUUCUAUAGCUGCAGGUAGAUAACCACCUAAUGAUGCAAUCUUCACUUCCUUUGUGUGUUUCCAGCGCUCAGUUGAACAAGUAAGUUGAAGCAGGAUGACUCCUGUAGUUGCUGGAAGAUAAUGCUAUAGAUUUCUAACCAUCAUUUUGAAUCACUUUUUCUUUAUUGCCUUUAUUUACCUUGUACCGUAAAUAACCCUUGGACAUGGCCAAAAAGACCAUAAAGACAUUUUUAGGCUACCCUAAUGUCCUGUAUUUUUAACAUAAUAACUGAAUAAUCAUCUCUGUAACAAAGUAUGGAUUGGAAAAUAUUAACAUUUCUAGGCAUUAUAAUGUAUAUCACGGCUGAAUAUGAACUGGCUGGAAAAAAUGUUGAGUGGCUGCUAGAUUUUAGAAUUUACCUGCCACAGUGGCAGCUGGGUGAGAAAGUUAAUUUCCAUCUCUCACACACACACACAUAUCUGGGAAUGAGUUUUAAAAAAUGAUGAAUAAACCGUUGCUGUUAUUUCUGUG